AAAAAAGGAAGUCAAAGAAGUCGUUUAAAUGAGGAAGCUCCAGAGCUCCUCAUGCAUCACAACGCAGACUGUAAAACAUCUGCCGAGGGGUUGAGAGGUUUCUUUAAUGCUCAUUUGUGUCGUUAAUCAGGAUCUAGCUGAGGUUACGAGGCUCUGUUUGACCCGGGUUGUUCAGAGGACGGCAACGGAGGACAUGCCAGGGAGCAUCUCAUGUGUACAGAUCUACGGUGUGAUGACUCGGUGGCAUGAAGUCAAACUCCUGAACAAAGACGAUCCGGACCGUGAGUUUAUUCCCACUGACACCGAUCAACAGAUCUUAAAGUUAGGCUCAAAGAUUGAAUUGCAUCCUGCAGCUGAACUUCAAUAGGGGACUCCAGAAGCCAAUAUGGCUGACGAAGUGAAUUCCCUGCCCUUCUUCUAUGGCAACAUCACCAGGGAGGAGGCAGAGGACUACCUGCAGCAGGGGAGCUCCGUUAGCGGCUCCUACCUGCUGCGGCAGAGCAGGAACUACCUGGGGGGCUUCGCUCUGUCCGUGCUGCACUCCAGCCGCUGCUACCACUACACCAUCGAAAGAGAACCCAACGAAACGUACGCCAUCGCCGGAGGGAAGAGCCACCGGAGCCCCGUGGAGGUGAUAGACUACCACUCCCAGGAGACGGACGGCCUGGUGUGUCUGCUGAAGAAACCCUGCAACAGACCUAAGAACAUGCAGCCGAAGGUGGGGCCGUUCGAGGACCUGAAGGAAAAACUGAUCCGGGAGUACGUGAAGCAGACGUGGAAUCUGACGGGAUCAGCUCUGGAGCAGGCUAUCAUCAGCCAGAGGCCUCAGCUGGAGAAGCUCAUCUCCACCACGGCACACGAGAACAUGCCGUGGUUCCACGGGUCGAUCACACGAGAAGACUCGGAGCCCCGGCUGCAGAGCGGCAUCAGGACAAAUGGAAAGUUCCUGAUCCGGCAGAGGGAUUCGAAUGGAUCCUAUGCGCUGUGUUUACUGCACGAAGGACAAGUCAUGCAUUACCGCAUCGACCGGGACAGGACGGGCAAGCUCUCCAUCCCAGACGGCAAGAAGUUUGACACCCUGUGGCAGCUGGUGGAGCACUACUCGUACAAACCAGACGGCCUGCUGCGAGUGUUGACAGAGCCCUGUCCACGACCUGACGGAGACAUUGGGAUGAUCGGACGACCACCACUCCCCCGCGACCAUCCUCGGUCCCCUUUUGACUUUCAAAAUGCAGCGAGUGGAAUUCUCUCGAAAAUCAAAGCUGUUCCCAUCCCUGGUAUCAUUAAAAAGUGGGGACCUCGACAAAGCCCAUCAGAUCUCAACCCGUAUGAGACCAGCGCGCCGGUUUUCCCAGAAGCCGGCAAAGAGGCCAUGCCGAUGGACACAGACGUGUACGGGCCGUACGCAGACCCAGACGAGCUGAGGAAUUCCACAGUGGAUCGAAACCAUCUCUACCUGGAGGAUGGAGAGCUGGGCUCCGGGAACUUUGGCACAGUCAUAAAGGGCAUCUACGUGAUGAGGAAGACCAAGAAGCCAGUGGCAGUGAAGAUCCUGAAGAACGACGACAACAACCAGUCGAUGCACGAGGAGAUGCUGCGGGAAGCCAACGUCAUGCAGCAGCUCGAUAACCCCUACAUCGUCCGGAUGAUCGGCAUCUGUGAUGCGGAGAGCCUCAUGCUGGUCAUGGAGCUCGCCGAGCUGGGACCGCUCAACAAGUUCCUGCAGAAACACAAGCAGACCACCAUUAAGAACAUCACGGAGCUGGUGCACCAGGUGGCCAUGGGGAUGAAGUACCUGGAGGAGCACAACUUCGUGCACAGGGACCUCGCCGCCCGCAACGUGCUGCUGGUCACGCAUCACUACGCCAAGAUCAGCGACUUCGGCCUCUCCAAAGCUGUCGGCGAGGACCAGAACUACUAUAAGGCCAAAGGACAUGGCAAGUGGCCGGUGAAGUGGUAUGCUCCCGAGUGCAUCAACUACUUAAAAUUCUCUUCCAAAAGCGAUGUGUGGAGCUUCGGGGUGCUCAUGUGGGAGGCCUUCUCCUACGGCCACAAACCAUACAAGGGAAUGAAAGGAAACGAGGUGAUGCAGAUGAUUAAUAACGGGGAUCGGAUGGACGCCCCGGUGAACUGUCCGAUAGAGGUAUACGACCUCAUGAGGACCUGCUGGACGUACAAGGCAGACGAGCGGCCUGGAUUUAGCGUCGUCGAGCCAAGACUACGAGACUUUUAUUACGAUAUUGCACAGUGAUUCUUCCCGCGGUGCAAAGCAUCGGUUGAUGAGGAAGAACAGUAUUUAAUCACGAUCAUGACGACUGGAGAUAUAUGAAGUAUAAACGCUGUCUGUAAGAUAUUGACCUGAGGAAUAUCAUUAUGCAAAUCACAUUUAUUUUAUUACUUGUGUUCCCUCCUGAAUGCAAACGAUAUGGAAGUUGUAAUAAACAUAUGCAAGUCUC